CCACCACCGUCACCACCAGCACCAGCACCACCGUCACCACCAGCACCACCACCGUCACCACCAGCACCAGCACCACCGUCACCACCAGCACCACCGUCACCAUCAGCACCACCGUCACCACCAGCACCACCAGCACCACCAGCACCACCACCGUCACCACCAGCACCACCACCGUCACCGCCGUCACCACCAGCACCACCACCGUCACCACCAGCACCGUCACCAGCACCGUCACCACCAGCACCACCGUCACCACCAGCACCAGCACAACCGUCACCACCACCACCGUCACCAGCAGCACCACCACCGUCACCACCAGCACCACCAGCACCAGCACCACCGUCACCACCACCACCGUCACCACCACCACCGUCACCACCAGCACCACCAGCACCACCAGCAUCACCACCAGCACCAGCACCACCGUCACCACCAGCACCACCACCGUCACCACCACCGUCACCACCAGCACCACCGUUACCACCAGCACCAGCACCACCGUCACCACCACCACCGUCACCACCAGCACCACCAGCACCACCACCGUCACCACCAGCACCACCACCGUCACCGCCAGCACCACCACCGUCACCACCAGCACCACCAGCACCACCACCGUCACCACCAGCACCACCACCGUCACCGCCGUCACCACCAGCACCACCACCGUCACCACCAGCACCGUCACCAGCACCGUCACCACCAGCACCACCGUCACCACCAGCACCAGCACAACCGUCACCACCACCACCGUCACCAGCAGCACCACCACCGUCACCACCAGCACCACCAGCACCAGCACCACCGUCACCACCACCACCGUCACCACCACCACCGUCACCACCAGCACCACCAGCAUCACCACCAGCACCAGCACCACCGUCACCACCAGCACCACCACCGUCACCACCACCGUCACCACCAGCACCACCGUUACCACCAGCACCAGCACCACCGUCACCACCACCACCGUCACCACCAGCACCACCAGCACCACCACCGUCACCACCAGCACCACCACCGUCACCGCCAGCACCACCACCGUCACCACCAGCACAACCGUCACCACCACCACCGUCACCACCAGCACCACCACCGUCACCACCAGCACCACCACCGUCACCGCCGUCACCACCAGCACCACCAGCACCACCGUCACCACCAGCACCGUCACCACCAGCACCACCGUCACCACCAGCACCACCGUCACCACCAGCACCACCACCGUCACCACCAGCACCACCGUCACCACCAGCACCACCGUCACAACCGUCACCAGCACCAGCACCACCGUCACCAUCAGCACCACCGUCACCACCAGCACCAGCACCACCGUCACCACCGUCACCACCAGCACCA